CCACCUGCAGACUUUCAGCCCGUAUCCGCGCAAUGGCGCAAGUGUGCCGCCAUCGCUCCCACCACCCCCACCGUCGAACUCAGCAUCCGACACAGACUCUAUACAGAAACCAACCUGGGAGCUUGAUUAUCCAAACAUCUUGGAAAAUUAUACGGAAUCAGAAAGGAAAAAUUCCAUGAACUUGGCCAAAGCCAUGCCUAUACAAGACCCUUCUCCUCUUUUCCACCGCAACCUUUCUGGACGUGAUACCUCAUCUUAUGGCAGUCUACCGAUGACUGGGUCCGAAGAAGACCUUCCUGAUGGACAUCAUACGUUUCGGAAUACCUUUGGUAAAAUUCUCAAGGACAACAAAAUUCGUGAAGGCUAUCAUUGGGACACCUCAGACUGGGCGGCUCCACACACCACGUUACCAAACAUCAGUGAGGUACCAGUGAAAGAAAUUUUGGAUUCUCCAAGCUCCACUCCACAGAGUAAUGACUCAAACACGCAUGUAGAUGAUGUCAAUGAUGCUGAUAUGGACGACAUGGAUAACGACUCUGAAUACUGCGGGGAUUGUGAAUGUGGCGAAAACGACGACGACAACAACGCUGCCGACUUCCAUCCUGCUGCCAACUUCCACCAUUUCCUUGAAUUAGCGCCUUAUGCCGAUGAGGUCAACGAGGGACCUCAGCGGUUCCAUCCUAACUUCAUGCCGGACUUCGACCAGCCACCUGGUGGUGCUGCCCUCGACAACUGGCCAGCUCCACCGGGCGCUGAAAACGGCAACCAGCCACCACAUAGUGAUGAAGAGGAGAACAGCGAGAGGUGCCGGUUGCGGCGUCACCUACGUAGGGGUGCUGCUCUAGCUAGGUACCCUCCACUCGAUGCCAGCGACUAUGAACAUUCAACGGCAGCAAUGGCGGACGACAUGAGUGUGUCGGUGGGCGGCUGUACAUCGACGAACGUCUCUUGCUCUGACAUUUCCGGACUCUGUGACAUCGAUGACAGUGAUAUGAACAUUACAGAUGAGAGUGACAAUGACAUCCAUCCUGUGAAGUUUAACAGCGCCCACCUUCACACCCAGGUGUGAAGUUCUUCGCCUCUUCCUACCCCCAUCCUGUGCUCACCUUCACAGCCAGGUGUGAAGUUCUCUUCUUCUUCCUAACAUCCCAGCGCUCUACUUCACAUCCAGGUGUAAAGUUAUACAUAUAUAUAUAUAUAUAUCUAUAUACACACACACACACACACGCACAUAUAUAUAUAUAUAUAUAUAUAUAUAUAUAUAUAUGUGUGUGUGUGUGUGUAUAUAAUAUAUAUGCAUCUUCCUAAUGCCCCAGCUACAACAUUCACAGAAAAACUAUAAUAUAAGAAAAAAAAAAUACAAACUCCUCCCACCACCACCACCAAUACAAAAACAAAUUAAAUGGACUUUAAACAAAAAUUAUACACAUUCAUACAUAUAUAUACAUAUAUAAUCACACACACACAUGUAUUUAUAUAUACACACACACACACACACACACACAUGCAUAUGUAUUGAUAUAUAUACAUAUAUAUGUAUAUAUAUAUAUAUAUAUAUAUAUAUAUAUAUAUAUAUAUAUAUAUAUAUAUAUAUAUAUAUAUACGUAUAUAUGAUAUACAUAUAUAUAUAUAUCUAUAUACACACAUUAACUGACUUGGAUAUAGACAAAAGAGUAUAUGCAACACAUACCACCCCAAAAAUCAACCCACCUAAACAUGAACAUAUGCUUGUAUGUGUAACUAUAUGUGUGUAUUCAUAUAAAUAUAUAUAUGUAUACAUAUAUAUGUGUGUAUGUGUGUGUGUAUAUAUAUAUAUACUCCUUACCUGCUCCCAAUCACGUGCACACACACACACACACACACACACGCACACAUACUUAUACAUGACCAUACACACAUCCAAAUGUAAAAAUAAAACUUACAGUGGCAUCACCUCGGGUCCAUUAUAAAUGGAUCUAUGCCCUGCCUUCUCAAGCUAGCGAUGCCUUUUCCUUUCUAAACUAGGGCCAUUAUACAGCCCCGAUGGUUCGAGAAAAAAAUUCUUCAUUAAAUAAAUAUAUUUACCAAUUUUUUUUUUUCUCUCUAAAUUUAAUUUAAUUUCCCAUACCCUAACCCCAUCCCUUGACCAUAACCCCUCCAUAAAAUGGAAAAAAGAAACAAAAAGCUCUCUACCCUUCUCCGAUCCCACACCCCACAAAAUCCAAUCCAUGAAACUCCUGACUAUGAAUCAUGUUCUUCCUACCAUACGCUAGUGUUGAAUGGAUGUAGAACAAGGGACUCAAAGCAUGCAAUCUGCUUCCAUUGGUGUUAUGAUUUUUUUCAACAAAACAAAAGGGCAAUAGUUUAUAAUUGAAGAAUUUAAUGGCAUGGCUAGAGAGAAAGAAAGAAAGAGUGACAGUGAGAGAGAGAAUGAGAGAUACAGCAUGAGAAAGAGAGAGAUGUAUACCAUGUGUAUGCGUGAGACAGAGAUACAGAGAGAGAGAGAGAGAAUGAAAGAAAGAAAGCUGUGAUGAGAAAAACAAAGACAACCAAAUAAAUGAUAUUGCAUAAUUGAUGAAAAAGAAAAUGAACUUGUGUAUACAUACAUACAUACAUACAUACAUAUAUAUGUGUAUAUAUAUAUCUGUACCUUGUAUAUGUAUAUAUAAUGUGUGUGUGUGUGUAGAUAUAUAUAUAUAUAUAUAUAUAUAUAUAUAUAUAUAUAUAUAUAUAUACACACAUGUAUAUACACAUAUAUAUUGUAUAUAUGCUGUAUGUAUAUAUAUAAAAAUGAUAAUGCAUACACACACACACCACACACACACUUAAAUGCUUAACUAUAUAUAUACAUGUAUAUGUAUAGGUAUUAUUUGGUAUUGAUAGUCAACUUGUAGAAAUCAAAAGAAAAUAAAAAAUACCAUUCACUCACAGUGGGACACAACCUAGUUUUGUAGAGAAUAAUUUACUAUUUUGGCUUGUUCAGUAAGCCUUCUAACGUAAAACUUAAUGUCCCAAUCAACUCCAUAUAAAUGUGUACAAGUAUAAAUAUAUAUAGAUAGAUAGAUAUAUACACACACUCACACACAUAUAUAUACAAACAAAUAUACUUCUCUUGGCCUGAGUAUGUGUGUACAUGUAUGUGUAUGUAUGUAUAUAUAUAUAUAUAUAUAUAUAUAUAUAUAUAUAUAUAUAUAUAUAUAUAUACACACACAUACACACACACACACAUACAAUAACAGAAGGAGCAUGCAGCUGACAAAAUUUAUAAUCAGUUUAACUCUUUAAGCAUUCAGAAUACUCUGUCAAAUCUAAUGCUCAUUUAUUCACAUUGCUUUGAAUUAACCAUAGAUUAUCUUGUAGAUCUGACAUUUCAAUGAUCUGAUUAUUUGUUUUUAGAAUAGAAUGACAUUGGAGGAUAGGUGUGAAAGGCCAGAUAUGACCAGUUAGAAUAUAAAACAGAAGCUAUGUUAUGACCGGUUAUGGCUGGUUUAGACACUAAAGAAUUAAUAUGUAUGUUUUUAGUCCCCAGGAAUAUCACUGAGCUGAAUUUUAAUGAAAUGUUGCUUGGAUAGAAAGGAAUGCAUUCAAGAAUGGUAACAGGAAUGGUUUACCGUAAUUUCUACAAGAUGUGCCUCACACAACCUGAUUGCCUGUUAUUUUCUUCACGAGUAAUGUUUAUUAAAUAAAUAAUUUAUGGAUCUGUCUUAGAAUUCAACAGCACUAUGGUUGGGUAGUAUUCCUGGGUGUCUUGAACAUUAAUUUAUCUUUAUUUAUUUCAACAUUAAGUUCUUUCAAACAAUUGUUUUAAGUUCAUUGACCAAUGUAUGUAUACGUUUGUGUGUGUAUAGAUAUAUUUGUACAAACACAUGUAUGCAGUAUUCCCUAUCUGAAGAAAUAGUAAUAUUUUCAAGGAAAUCUAACAAAACAACACUGUGAAAAGGUUCAAUGAAUAUAUAUGUCUACAAACAUGCACAUGUGUAUGCAUAUAUGUACGUAUGAUUGUGUACAUAAGUGUGUGUGUGUGUGUGUGUGCAUAUAUAUAUAUAGACAGAUAUAUGUAUAUGCAUAGAUAUAUAUGUGUAUCGAUGUAUAUACAAGUAUACACACAUACAUAUACAUAUAUAUAUAGAUAUAUAUAUAUGUAUAUGUAAAUAUAAUAUUAUCAGUAUAUACAUGUAUGUAUAUAAAUAUAUUUAAAUAUAAUCAUUUUAUACAUAUACCAAUAUAUAUAUAUAUAUAUAUAUAUAUAUAUAUAUAUAUAUAUAUAUAUAAACCUAUAUCUACAGAUAUAUGUUGCUUUAAGACUAUGUAUGUAUAUAUAAAAUUUUUAUGAAACAAAAGGCGGUGCUCCAGCAUGGCCGCAGUCAAAUGACUGAAACAAGUAAAAGAGAAAUGUAUGUAGAUGUAUAUGUGUGUGCACAUAUUUGUAUAUAUGUAUGUCAGAAUUUACAAACAGCAGAAGAUAAUUAUUCAAUACAUGUUGCUUAAUACAUGUUGCUUAAUACAUGUAGUGGUGACAUUGAUUCAUUUACAUCUAAAUCGAGGCAUUGCUACUGUCAGUUUCACUUUUCUAUUAUUUCUCCUCAUUUAUUCUGAAGAGCAGACAUAGUGGAAACUUUAUAUAAUGAGUAAGUGAGGCCACAACAUGGAAUAUAUCGAUGUAUGCAUAUGAAAGUGUACAUUUCUCUCUUUGUGUGUGUGUGUGUGUAUGUGUGUUUAUAUGCGCUUUUGCAAAUGUGGACGCAUGAAGUUCGAUGCAGAGGGUGAUUGAGAAAAUGGUCUUUUGUAGAAUUUUAAACCAAUAAAAGAUAAUAAAAAAAAAACAAAUAAAAAUUUUGAAAUGCCUAUUGUUGCUCUCAUGUGCUCUCAUAUGUCUUGUUGACCAAUGUAAUCCCCUGUAUCUAUGUUAUAUCAUGAUGGGUUUGUCAUUUCUCAGGAGAUGAAAAAUUUAUACGUAUACAUGUAUAAAUAUAUUUAUAUAUACAUAUAUAUAUGUACACAUAUAUAUAUAUAUAUAUAUAUAUAUAUGUAUAUAUAUGAUCUGUUUUAUUCUGUUUUUAUUUCCUCUCAGUUUAUCAUAUAUUUUAUUUUUAUUUCUAUUGUUAUUAUUAUUAUUAUCAUUAUUAUUAUCAUUAUCAUUAUUAUUAUUAUUAUUAUUAUUAUUAUUGUUAUCACCAAUACUACUACUGCUACUACAUUUAUGACGACGACUAUUAUUAUUAUUACUGUUACGAUUAUUUUGGUUUAAGAUUAUGAAAACAAAAAAACAUUUGUGUGAUUUGUGUAUAUAAAUAUAUAUAUGUAUGCAUGUUAUAUGAAUAUGUGUGUUUGCUUGUGCACAUAUAUAUAUAUAUAUAUAUGUAUAUAUAUAUUCGUGCGUAGUUUCUUGUAUAUAUAUAUACUUAGAGGCGUGUAUGUGUGUAUAUCCAUGGAUGAGUGUGUCUGUAUGUUUGUGUGAGUAUGAAUACUUAAAUACUUACAUAAGAGUGUGUAUAUAUAUGUAUAUAUAUAUAUGUAUGUAUGUGUAUAUAUAUGUAUAUAUAAUCUCCAUGAGUAUGCAUGCUCCUCUGCAUGUAAGUGUAUGUGUGUAUGGGUCUAUAUUACCCCAGCCCACCUCCACAAAAACUGGAAAAAAAUGAAAUGAAAAUUAUAAAAAUAAAUUUUAAGCAAUUUAUAACAAUUAUCUUUUUUUCCUCUUAUUAUUUCAUUUCAUUUCACAUCUCAGCAAUAUUUCUUUCUUUUAUUUAUUUUUUGAAAUAAAGAUGUUCAUUUUUUCUUU